AGGGUAUAUCCACGGACGAAGAUCCAGUCCCGCCUUAUGGCUCGUCUAUGAGCCCUAGUUUGAUGCUGCGUCUUCGCGGCGAUGCUUUCUAGCUUGAUUUCCAGCUCCAGAGCCAGGGUUUGUCGAUGCGCGCAGCGCUGCCGCGGAUUACCGGGCCGGAGCUUGCUGGGUGAGGAAUGCGGCGAGGUAUUUGGGAUCCGGCGCAGCGUUCUUGUGUCGUGCUACAGGAAGGAGGCUGAUUUGCGGAAGAGCGACGGCCGUGAGGAGAAUUCCAAUGCCAGGCCGCCCCUGACGUACUUCAUCGCGAAAUAUUCUCGGGGAUCAUUCCGAUUCGAGCAGCGACGAUUUCACAGCUCCGGCACGUCUCAUCGAGGAGACGAAGAAGAACAAGAGAACGAUCCACAACCCGCCGUAGUUCAUGGCCAUAGUGAAAGGGCUGUAGUGACUGCGCUUUGGUGCAAUUUUCUAGUUCUGUCUCUAAAGUGUGGCGUCUGGUUUAUGACUGGAAGCCAUGUUAUGCUCGCGGAAGCAGUACAUUCUCUAGCGGAUCUAGCGAACCAGGGUUUGCUUGCGUAUGGUCUCGUCAGCUCAAAGCGUGCUCCAGAUGCUCUUCAUCCGUAUGGUUACUCCAAAGAACGCUUCGUUUGGUCGCUGAUAUCAGCUGUCGGGAUAUUUUGUCUGGGCUCUGGCGCAACAAUUGUCCACGGAAUUUCCAACUUAUGGCAAGCUGAGCCUAUCGACAACAUCUUUUCUGCUGCCAUUGUCAUUGGUGGUUCAAUGUUAAUGGAAGGAGCUUCACUCUACGUGGCUGUGAACGCUGUGCGGCAAGGAGCUGCGUCGGAAGGAAUGAAGUUUCAAGAGUACAUUUGGCGUGGUCACGAUCCAACAUCCGUGGCUGUCAUGAUGGAGGAUGGUGCUGCGGUCACUGGCUUGUUUAUAGCUGGUAUGUCGCUGACUGCUGUGCAUUUAACAGGCAAUCCAAUCUGGGACCCUCUUGGAUCUAUACUCGUGGGAAAUCUUCUCGGAAUGGUGGCAGUUUUUCUGAUUCAACGAAAUCGCCAUGCUCUCCUUGGUCGCUCAAUGGAACCCAAGGAUGUGCAACGCGUGUUGGACUUGCUUGCAUCAGAUCCUGUUGUUGAUGCGGUCUAUGACUGUAAGAGCGAGGUGAUCGGGCCAGGAUCGUACAGAUUCAAGGCAGAAAUCGAUUUUGACGGUGUAGUAGUUGUACAUAAUUACUUGCAACGGACGGGGCGAGAAGCCUGGAUAAAGGAGUUUCAGAAUGCUGCGAAAGACCCUGCUGCUUUGGAGACCGCACUUGCAAACUACGGAGAAGAAGUGGUGGCUGCUCUUGGCUCCGAAGUGGACAGACUAGAGAAAGACAUCCAGAAGAUCGUUCCUGGCGUUCGGCAUGUAGAUAUCGAGGCUCACAAUCCCAAAGGUCCACUUCCAUAAAAGGGAUUUUGCUAAUACUUUUCUUGUGAAACUAACGACCUUUGACUGGAGUUCCCGGGGAAAAAAAAUAUGAAACAAAGAAGCUAUGAUUCGGCCGAAGAUGGGAUGAGCGGCUGAGAUUUCUCUUCACUAACUGACAUUUCUGGAAUCAGAUUUAGGUUUCUCCGGUUUCAGGUGGUGCAAAACUUUGCUUCCACGAUGGCCGAGUGUCUGGCUUGGCGCGACUUGUCACACAAAGAGCUGGCUCACAUUUUUGAUGACUCGGAGACCCCAAGUGACGUGCGGAGGCAUUUAGGAGAAGCGAUGAAGCUGAAUGAUGGAAGCAUUUGUUCCGAGAUACUGCUUGACUUGCACUACGGCUCCCUCUAGUAGGAUUUUCUACAUGUCUUUCUCACUCACUGGCUUCUCGAAUCCUUGUCAAGCUUUGCACAGGAACAGGGCUUCUCCCUUGAGAAGAUGUCAGCCUUCGUCUCAAUCGUCAAGGCAAUUCACGACCAAGCCAUUGGCAUGCGUUUAACAGUAGAAAGAAGCUGGGAAACAGCAAAGAACCUCUUUCUCUUGCACAGCGUCCAGCGACCACCAUUCUCAAUCGGCUUGUUUACAUUCGGAGAUCUCCAAGAGAUAACGAGAUACGUCCUCAACACGUAAAACAAUCUUCCCAGCUUCAAAAGCUUCUACUCGAUGAGUCCAGCUCCUGUGCUCUUUCCUCUCACAGAUACUACAGACACUUCAAGCUCUACCAAUACGCGUUCUGCGCGACUUACUACCUCAACAUGGACACUUGGGAGUAUAAUCUCGUAGAGCUAGCCCCGGAGCUAAAAUCGCUAGAUCUCGCAAUAACACAGGAGGAAUACGACGUCCAACAGGAAGCUCUCAGGAAACAGCAAGAGGAGGAAGAAGCAAAAAGGCUCGAAGACAAGCGGCUGGCUGAAGAAGCCGAGAGGCAAGCCAGGAUCGAGGCACAGUAUCGAGCGUCCAUCCCGGACGAGAUCACAAGAAAAGUCAACCAGGUUGUUUCGCGCUACAUGGAUGAGAUGCGGGCCGAGUUUGACGCCAAGCUGGAAGAAAAACUCGCCGAGCUGGGGGCUGGAGCUGCAAAAUAGUACUUAAAGUCGUGAAAUACCAUCUUCUGGCUUGUGUACCUCGUCA